ACAUGCACGUUUGCGCUUGGAUUUUUCUCCUCAAAAGUAUUUCGUCGUGCUGGGAAAAAAAUUAUCGUCAAAUGGAAGUGUAUGAAAAGACACGGUUAUUUUAGAGGCAAUUUUGCGCACACAACAUAUCCGCAAAAUUCACACCUGACAAAAUUAAACAAAUGUGAAUGUCAGGCGCAGGAAUCCGCGAAGAUGGGAUCCGUCAACGCGCACGAAUUAUCCAAUCUCAGCAACGACACAAUAAGAAAUGCGUAAAAGAGCGCACACACUAGAAAUAAACCCCUUUUCACAGAUAGCUAAAGCUAUUGACAGACUAGAGUCUCAAGUGACAGUGAAUCGCUGUUAAAUCACAACGUCCAACUGCGAGUGCAGAGCGCAGGCGAGAAUGCGCUCAGGACAAGAUAUGGAGUCCAUCACGACAGCGGAAUCCGUCAGUCUCUCUGAAAAAGCAACAGCAUUCUCCAUCGACUCACUGAUCUCUGUAGAGAAAGAGAAGAACAAAGAUUUUCAAGAAGAAGCCAAUUUACCGAGAAAGCGAAGUAUAGAGUGCGAUAAUGAGCCGGGCUGCAACGCAAAGCGAUCCAGAAGUGAUGAUGGUAGUUGCGAAGAUUUGGCAAUCGAUGGCAUUGAGGUGAUCUUGGAAGGAAAGGAGCUUUGGGAUCGAUUCAACGAGCUGGGCACAGAAAUGAUCAUCACAAAGGCUGGAAGGCGGAUGUUUCCAACUUUACGAUUUUCUGUCAUUGGGGCAGAUCCAAAAGCAAGCUAUCUCGUUCUCAUGGAUAUCAUUCCUGUGGAUGACAAACGCUACCGUUACGCGUAUCAUCGUUCUACUUGGCUGGUGUCUGGAAAGGCGGACCCACCAGCUCCAACCAGACUGUGUAUGCAUCCAGACGCACCUUUCACCGGCGAGCAACUGAUGAAGCAACCGCUUUCAUUCGAGAAAGUCAAACUUACAAACAACGAAAUGGAUGAACAAGGACAUAUCAUGUUGAACUCUAUGCAUAAAUAUCAGCCAAGAAUUCACAUUGUUCGGAAAAGAGAGCACAUUGCAUCAGUGAUAAACCUGAAAUCAGAGAAAACAAGAACGUUUGCCUUUGAUGAAACACAGUUCAUUGCAGUUACUGCUUACCAAAAUCAAUUGAUUACCCGACUAAAGAUCAACAGCAACCCAUUUGCGAAAGGAUUUCGUGACUCAUCGCGCUUAUUAAAUCCGGAAUGGAGAGAAAGGAACAAAGACUUUUGUGAUCAAGUUACUCGUAUCUUUUCUUACCACGAUCAACCUUUAUCACCGGUGCUACAUGCUCCAACGCCCUGGCGAAUGGAUCCUCAUUUUCGCUUUCCCAGUGAUCCAGGGCAAUCGCCAUAUCUCUCGUCUGCAAUGAAACGCAGUUGCGGAUUCUUGUUUGAUGAAAACAACCCACAAGCAAUAUUUCCUUCUAUUAAUUCGUCAGUUCAAAGACCGUCCAAUCUUUGUUGUCCUGCCCCUUUCCCAACCUCCCUCACAGACGCAACGGAUUGCCUAAAUCAACGCAAUUCGUUGUUGGCAUAUUUCCACAGCAGACAUUUUGUUUCCCGUAUGAGUGCGACUACUGACAAUCAUGGAAGUAACUUUAAACUCUGAUUCAAGAUUUGGUGUUUUGCUAUGUAACAGCGACAUUCUUUUAGAUCAUACCUACGCCAUGUUGAAUUUGCAAAAGAAUGCAUAGCGUACUCCGUUUGGACCGAUGACCUGGAAGCCAUACUACCAUAGAUAAAUGACUCCGCCAAACUUAUUUAGUUACAAAUGAGGCAAGCCGCCAACUUAAUAAGUGGCAAAAUUUAAAAUAUUGUCGUCUAAAAUCUUCUUUGUAUGCGUUGAUAUAUAAUUGCAGAGUUGAUAGUAUAGGUUUGGUAUUUUAAAAUGUUUGACAUAGGAUUCGUUUUUAACUUUCUUUCAACUUAUUUUUGAUUAAGGGUUUUAAUUUUUGCCACCUUUAAGAUGGCUUUCUUGCCUCACCUUGACACAGUAGUUAGACGUAUAGGAGAUCGAGUUCUAAACAAUUGAAAUGGACAGUAUGUCUUGCAACGCACGCCAAUCAGCUCGUUUGAUGUUGACUGCUCAUCCUAACCUUACAUAAAAAGAAAUAGUAGUAAAGUCAUUCUUCAUCAUCUCGUUUAUCUGCGACUUUUGCAAAAAAACAACAACAAAAUUUUAAAUGAUAAACGACAAUGCAUGGACAGCUUAGUGCUGACUAGGGAUGCAGUUGCAUUUUCCCUUCGUCUUCCUUACUUUUUCGAUUUUUCUCACGUUGGUAAAUUCUAAACCUUUCUGUCACGUUGGUACAAUAUAAGAUACUUGUAUGUUAUGUAAAUAUAAGGAAGUUCCUGUACAUAGUUGGAAAAGAAUGUAUAUUUAUUCAUGUUCUA